AUUCAGCCAUGAUUGAACUGGAAGGAGUCGCUUCCAUGCUGUUGUGAUUUCAGCGCGAUUCAGGCGUGAAUUAAGGCGAAAAUGCUGCUAGUUAACUUCAGUUAAGCAGACAUUCUGCGGUAAGAGGGGGGAAACUCUACCUGCUCGGCUGGCGUCGUUGUUAAGAAGCGGAGCUGUAAUGUCUGGGGCGGCCGGCGGAGGAGGAGCAGGCUCCGCCUGUCUGGGUGCAGCGGCAGCCGGGUGCAGCUCCGCCGGCUCUCUAUACGCUGCUGCGGCCGGAGGAGGCGCGGGGGUGGCCGGGAGGCUGCCGGCUCGGGUCCUGGAGCACGUCUUCUCCUACUUGGAGCUGUCGGACCUGAUGCGGUGCGCGCUGGUGUGCUGGCACUGGAACAACAUUCUGGCGGAUGAAAACAGCGAGGUGUGGCGCAGCCUGUGCACGCGCAGCCUCAGCGACGAGGCGCUGCGCUCCGACAUUCUGUGCAACCUGCCCACAUACAAGGGCAAACUCAAGGCUUUCCAGCAUGCUCUGAGUUCACAUGAUUGUUCACGCAAUGUUUACGUGAAGAAGAAUGGGUUUACCCUGCAUCGCAACCCCAUUGCCCAGAGCACAGAUGGCGCACGUGGCAAGAUUGGCUUUUCGGAAGGGCGGCAUGCUUGGGAAAUCUGGUGGGAAGGCCCCCUGGGCACAGUAGCAGUUAUUGGCAUUGCUACAAAGCGGGCACCAAUGCAGUGCCAGGGCUAUGUGGCACUGUUGGGCAGUGAUGAUCAAAGCUGGGGCUGGAACCUGGUUGACAACAAUCUGCUUCAUAACGGGGAGGUGAAUGGCAACUUCCCGCAGUGUAACAAUGCGCCAAAAUAUCAGAUUGGUGAGCGAAUACGAGUGAUUCUUGAUAUGGAUGACAAGACAUUAGCCUUUGAGAGGGGCUUUGAAUUUCUGGGAGUAGCAUUUCGUGGACUGCCCAAAGCCUGCCUGUUCCCAGCUGUAUCCGCCGUGUACGGGAACACUGAAGUCACCAUGGUGUACCUGGGAAAGCCUCUGGAUGGGUAGACGCUGAAUAACCCAUGCCACCACCAAAAAUAACAGGACAAUUGAGGGACUGAUUGACAAUCCUGUUUACUGCAUCUUUUGAGGAAGCCAAACGCACAUAUUUCUUCCAAACAGAAUGAUUUUAAUCUCAGACGUUGGGAUUUUUAUGACAGAGGGUCAUGAACCUGCAAAUUUUUGGGGACUGGCCACACUACAAGAAAGAAGGAUGGAUGUGGACUGUUUUUAGAUGACAGAGGAAACAUGUAUUUCUUUUCAUGUGUUUCAGUUUAACAGUCAGGUCUGGGAGCAUGCACUGACGCCACAAUUGGUUGGACACUACAGAACUGCCUUUGGUACUGGAUGGCAAUCACCCAGGUAGACAACUGGUCCAUACCCACUUUGCAAAAGUAACCACCUGUCUGUUGCAGCCAGGUGAAAUGUGGGUGACCCCCUUGGCCUUUUCCAGUUGGUGAGGUUCUCAACAGUCCUGCAGCUGGAGAAGGCAAAUAUUAAUUUGAUCAUUUUAACCAGUGCCAGGUAAACAUGAAGGGUUUUUCCCAUUGAUUCGGGGAGCCAAUGACUUUUUGGGUUUGUUGGGCAUCCCUUCCGAUUUCACUGCCUAUGCUGCAAAAACGCAGUAGAAUGUUUUUGCAACUUUUUGUUGAAUGCCAUGAACAGUGCAUGUUCAUGCACUCGCAUGCCGCCAAAUCCUGAAACCAUCCGUACAUACAGUAAGGCAGGUUU